AUGGCUAGUGAAUAUGAUUAUCAAUUAUGGAUAUACAAGUGUCAAAAAAUAAUUCAUCAAGCGCAAAUAAAAAAAAAAAUCAGGCGUAAAAGGAUUAUAUGUGCUUUAUUAUGCAACGAAAUGGUUAUCCAGAUAUGUAAAAGAAAAUAUACACCGAAGAAAUUUUGGAUCCAUCCUUUAUUUAAAUUACGACGAGAGCAUGGAUUUUUCGAAGCUGUCUUCCCAACUCUUUCUUCAUACUCUGAAAAAAUUGAAAAUUAUAUUCGAAUGACAGCUGUACAAUUUGAGCAGCUCUUGUAUCUAGUUGGCCCGAAAAUUUCAAAACAAAAAGUAAUAAGAGAACCUAUUUCAGCUCCAGCACGAUUGGCUAUGACUUUACGGUUUUUAGCUACUGGUGACUGUAUGUCAUCAAUAUCGUACCAAUAUUUGCACGACGAAGAUGAUAUUUAUAUUCCACCGAACCUAGUUGAUCAAGAAGGGCCCAAUGGUAUAAUUCCAGGAUCUUGGAGACAUGAAGCUCAUAAUUCUGCUCUGAAAGAUAGACCAGUCCAUGGUAAUAAUUGUAGUAGUCGAUCUGCUAUAGCUAUUCGAGAAGAUUUUUGUGAAUAUUUCAAUGCCGAAGGGGCUGUCCCGUGGCAGUAUGGCCGUAAUUAA